GCUCAACGGUGCUGUGAUCAAAGGCUUCGAGGAGGAUGUUGGGACCAAGAUCUCCUUCUACGGCUUCACGGUGAACACCAUGAAGAACUCCCUCAUCGCCUACGAGGAGUAUGGCUUCACUCAGAUACCCCAGGCCAAGGACCUGGGGUACAUCUUCAUCCCCUCGGACUUCCGUGACUAUGUGAUGCUGAAGUCAGCCAUCCAGGGCAGCCCAGUCACCGAGGGCUCAGACAAGGGGGAUGAGCCACAGAAGUAUUUUGGACCGGAGGCAUCUGCAGAGAAGUUCAAGCUGCUGCAUCCUGAUUUCCUGCAGUACCUGACAACGAGGUGA